AUGCCUAAUCAUCCUAUUGUGGUUUCAGGUGCUGUGAUUGUCGUUACUGUGGCUGUAGCUGCGGCAAUAGCAGUCUAUGAAUCACCCCAAGCUCGACAAUUUGCAGAAGAUGUCCGUCGUAAAAUAGCAGUCGCAUUGCAUUCCCUCGGCGAUGAAAUCAAUCCAAAUAGACAUCAACCUCGUUUCAAUCGACCUGAAGAUGCCGAGGGUUUCAUGCAGAGUUCUUCGGAAGUGGGUGUAGUUGCGGAUGAGGAUAGUAAGAGAAAACAGAGAGAGGAGCUAAUGUACUGGAAUGCAAUACGCAUGGAGAGAAUGGAGAAAGAGAAACCGAUGGACGAAAAAAGACCAGGAAGCAAUGAAAGUCGAAAUUCGAGUUUCGAGGCUUUCUUACAAGAGGAUCCGAAUGCUGGCAAGGGAACUUUCGUUUAUAAUACUGGUACAGAUGUGAAUAGACAAGCAGAAGAGGGUCUUACUCAUCGACGAGGUGUCCGGGGCUUGGAUCGAUCGACAAUCUACGCAAACCCAUUUGCCGACGAGCAUGGUAUUGACAAUGAGGAACAACAAGCUAUGGAUAGAAGUUUAAUGUCCCCUGAAGAUGGCGAACAAUACGAAUCGGACUCUGAAGGAUUAUACAGUGUGCACGAAGGACCAACGCGAUCUCGCUCUCGACAAAGUACCGCCACUCUCGCAGCAGUAGAACCCAUGACCCACGAAGAUACAGAAACGCUCGUUGACAUUUCCGAACCAUUCAACCCUGAUCCACCGGUCUCUGUACCUACUUAUGAAAAUAUGGAAACCGAGCCAACUUACACAGAACGAGCACAAGAUAACCAGAACCCAUUUGCAUCUAUCCAUGCUUGGGCUGAUCACACCGAUAACACAACCGGCUUUUACUCUCCUCUCCCUGUUACACCUCGCGAACGUCCCGCUACUCCAAUUGCCACCCAUCACACCGAAACGACACCUCCUUCACCCGGCUUCUCCGAUCCCGAUUAUUCCUCUCUUGAAUCCCUCGAUGGAGACAGAAUGGCUACACCUACAGACUCUGCGUCAUUAGCUGGUUCAGGCGAGGAGAUAUUGCACCCAAGAAGUGGAGCUACAAGCGAAGCCGAUGUCAUGAGCGUGGAUGAUGGUAUCGUUACACCAGACAGUUGGACUGAAGUUGGAAGCUUGGCCAGUGAGGACGGCGUACAUCAUUAG